GUGCUGACGUCAUAUUUCAGCGCCACUCUCCGUGUGUUUCCCUCCUGUUGCUCCGUUGUUGGGCUUCCAUCUGCUUGUUCCUGAGUUCUUUGUUUUUCCAGACGUUUUCCCAGAAGUUCGGAGGAUUCCCGCGGCCAGGAUGGGACCCGUAGAGCUCCUCCACAUGUCUGUUUUCUCCCAGAGCUUUUCUCCCUGCGGACGCUUUCUGGCAGCUGGGAACAACUAUGGAGAGAUCGCCCUGUUCAGCCUGGCUGCAGCACUCAGUCCAGACGCCACAGCAGCCAAUCAGAAGCCUGUUCUGACCUUCACAGCUCAUGAAGGUCCCGUGUUCAGUCUCCUGUCCACCGACUGUGUUCUGCUGAGCGCGGGAAACGGAGAGGUCAGCUCCUGGAGCUGGAACGAACUUACCAAGAAGAACGUGAAGCCGCUGUGGACGAAGAGGCCGAACUACAAAUCUGGUCUGGAGAUCCCAGAAAUCAACUCCAUGGUCAUCAACCCUCGGGACAACAGUCUGGCAAUCGGAGCCGGAGACAACAACAUCCACAUCCUGGACCUGGAGCACGGGGCCUUCAAGGCGACCCUUCAGGGUCACACGGACUACUUGCACUGUGUGUGCAUGCGUGAGCGGGAGGCAGAGCUUCUGUCGGGCGGAGAGGACGGCGCUGUGAGGAUGUGGGACAGCAGGACGGGUCAGUGCGUUCACUGCAUCGAGGUCUACAAGUACGAGAGCUGCGCGAGACCUCGGUACGGGAAGUGGAUCAGCUGUCUGACCACAGACUCUGAUUGGAUGCUGUGUGGUGGAGGACCUUCUCUGUCUCUGUGGCAUCUUCGCUCCCUGUCUCCAACCUCGGUGUUCCCUCUGAGAGGCUGUCAGCGUCAGGCCACCUUCCAUCAGGACAUGAUCCUGGCUGUGGGUGAGGGGGCCUUCGUGUCCCACUGUCUGCUGGGAGGAGAAGUCAAGGCCCGGAUCCCUUGCACACCGCCAAGCUUGAACACAAUGCAGCUGAACACCAAGAGCUCAGAGCACCGGGUGUUGACGGUGGGCGGCGGCAGCAGCAACAUCGACGUUUUCACCAACCUGUCCUACAGAGCCUUCUCACUCAGCUUCUGAUCUCCGUUCCUCAAACUGAUUGUGAGGUUCAGUGAAGGCUUCACAACCAGGAUCAAAUCCUGGACUAUUUCUGCUGCGAGUUACAACCAGGAGGAGUUCUGAUGAAGAGUAGACCCUGAAUGAACUUAAUAAAACCCAGUCUUUGUUACCUUUUCUACACUGAUUCCAUGUGUCUGUUAACAUCUAGCGGUCCGAUUUCUUUAUCUGGGAACAUAAACUGUUACAUCCAUAACACCACGGUGAAAAUCCAUUCAGACCCGUUGUAACAUGACUGCAUCAAAGAACAGGAGCCUCCUGGGUCCUCACCACACCCUUUCUAGAUGGGUUCCGGCUGCAGGAACCAGAACCAAAUCCAAAGCUGGUAGAAAUCUGCCCACAUUUUGGAUGGACCACGAAUGGACAUUGGAUCUUUGUGGUUUGAGGAAGCUCAAGAUUUCUCGUUAUGCUAAAUGUGCCCAGCAUUGUGAUUCCAGUCAUCAGCUCUUAAGGCCAAAUUUUCCAACCAGGGUUCUGCAAACUUCUGGAAAGAUUUAAAGGUCUUCCACUUUCAGCAACGCUCAGAGCUUUUAACCAGUAAAGUUCAAAUUGAUGUUCUGAAAUACACAUUGAAGCAACUCUUAA